UGCCAAGCUCUCCUCCUUCCCAUCUCAAUGGAAGUGCAGGCAGCAAUGGUGAGGUCAUCACAUGAGGAAGGGGGAGAAAUGGGUGCUUUGUAACUUCUGCACAACCUCUUAAAGCGACAGCGUCCCUCCAAGAGGCUGUUUGUGUCUCUGAAAGCACUUUGAAGAUUAAUCUGCCAUGACUACAGCAAGAUACAGGCCUACGUGGGAUUUGGCUCUGGAGCCUCUGGUUUCCUGCAAACUUUGCCUCGGAGAAUAUACCGUCGAACAAAUGACCACAAUAGCACAAUGCCAGUGCAUUUUCUGUACCCUGUGUUUAAAACAGUACGUGGAACUUCUGAUCAAGGAAGGCUUAGAAACUGCAAUCAGCUGUCCCGAUGCUAGUUGUCCAAAGAGAGGUCACUUACAAGAGAACGAGAUUGAAUGUAUGGUUGCAGCAGAAAUUAUGCAAAAGUAUAAGAAGUUGCAGUUUGAAAAAGAAAUUCUCUUGGAUCCAUGCAGAACGUGGUGUCCCUCUUCAUCAUGUCAAGCUGUUUGUAAACUCCAAGAGAAAGGCCUUCAGAGCCCACAACUCGUACAGUGCACAGCCUGCGACAUUGAGUUCUGCUCGGCCUGCAAGGCCAACUGGCACCCGGGGCAAGGAUGCCCAGAAACCAUGCCAAUCACGUUUCUUCCAGGAGAUACAAGCUUUGUCUUUAAAAGCCUUGAAGAUGACGUGCCAAUCAAACGCUGCCCAAAAUGUAAAGUCUAUAUAGAGCGUGAUGAAGGUUGCGCACAGAUGAUGUGCAAGAACUGCAAGCAUGCGUUCUGCUGGUACUGCCUGGAAUCCCUUGAUGAUGAUUUCCUACUCAUACAUUAUGAUAAGGGGCCUUGUCGGAACAAACUGGGCCAUUCCAGGGCAUCGGUCAUAUGGCACAGGACUCAGGUUGUGGGCAUAUUUGCAGGAUUCGGCCUAUUACUAUUGGUCGCGUCACCAUUCCUGUUACUGGCCACCCCUUUUGUUUUGUGUUGCAAAUGUAAAUGCUGCAAAGGGGAUGACGACCCACUACCGACUUAAAAGGAACUUCUAUGUUAUGGCUGCAGUAUAUCUUCCCAGGGAAACUACUGUUGAAGGUUACUUUACAUAUUGGAUCCUCCAUAUGAGCCUUACCCAUCUCAUUCAGUUUUCCAAGCCACAAACAGAGCCGUUAUUCUUGGUAAGGUGGCUGAGAUCACUGAAUGGGAUUAAUGCGAUUUACAGGAAUCCUUGAGGAGAAGAUAAAUGGAAUGUUUUUCCUGUAAGGCCAAGAGCUUGCACACAGUAGAUUCUCAAGGCUUCUCUACAAUUGUGUAUUUAAUACCUUCUGCUUUUCUAUUUUUCCUAUUUAAUUUUUUUGUUUGGUAAUAAGUGAAUAUUAAGACUUUUUUUUUGUUUAAGAAUUGCUUUGUUAAAUUGUGGGGUGACAACAUAUUGGUAUGUGCAAAUGGUUGUUUCUUGAUUAGAUAAAAAGCCAAGAAAAAGUUCAAGGUAGGGAUAAAAGUACAUUUACCCCAGAAAUACCUGGAUCUGGUUCUAUUUAUCAACUGCCAGCUGUUCUUCAGCUACUGUACAUCUCCCAGAAUCCCAGGGAAGAUGUUUGGUGGGUAUAUGGAGUUACAAUUUUACAACAACUGGAAAGACAUGUCAUAUUAAUACAAGAUCCCAUCACUAAUUUAAGCACUUACCAACUGUUGUAACAGUUCUGAUAAAGAAGGACAAACCCUUCUUAUGGCAAUGGUCAUUGUUUGGUGAACUGGUCCCUUUGUAACCAUUUUUAAUGGCAUGUUUCUCCUGCCUCCUUAUGGCUCUGCAGUAUCUAGUCUUUGAUAACUAGAUUUGGACAUGGUAAAGCCGACAACUCAUGAAUGGACUUAGUCGUUGAAGAGGUUCCUUCCUCAGCAGAAGUUAAAGUAAUGAAGACAAACUAUUAUUGUUUCAUAUCCAAUAAAUACAUUACUUAUGAUGCUAACAGAAA